AUGGCAGAGCGCAAACUCGGUAUUUUCCCCGCUACUGGCGGUCUUGGAGGAAGUACCGUCAAACAUCUUCUCUCCCUCGUCCCCGCCUCUAGAGUCAUCCUGAUCGCUCGCAAUCCCGACAAACUCGCCGCAGAGAGUCGCCUAGGUGUCGUCGUUCGUCGUGCAGACUAUGACGAUACAGCUACGUUGGAGCGCGUGUUCGAUGGGGUUGGCGCGCUGUUUCUAAUUUCGUAUGCGUCCUGCGAACAUGAGCAUCGCUCGAGGGCCCAUCGCAUUGCAAUCGAUGCCGCUCUACGCAGCGGUGUCACCCAUAUUUUCUACUCCUCCCUCGCCUUUGCUGGAAACCUGACUAGCGAAUCCACAGCGCUGGUGAUGCAGGCUCACCUCGACACCGAAGCAUACCUCAAACAACUCGCGCGUACCAGGCCGAGCUUUACGUAUACCGUCAUUCGCGAGGGUCUCUACUCCGAGUCCUUCCCCAUCUACACCGCCUUCUUCGACCCUCGAAAGCCUGUCGACGAAAUCAAGAUCCCGCACGAUGGGUCCGGGCCGGGCGUGGCAUGGGCGAAGCGCGAUGAGCUGGGAGAGGCAACGGGCAAAAUUAUCGCUACAUAUGCGCGUAACCCACUAGGGUUUCCGUAUAUCAACAAGACGCUGCUGUUAUCUGGUGCGCAGUCGUUGACGCUCGCGGAGAUGGUAGCGGUGUUGAACAAGAUCCUGGGGAGGGAUGUGCGGAUUAAAAAGGUCUCGGUCGACGAGUUCGCGGCGCAACCGCAAAAUGCGCCGAUGUUGACGUAUCACGGCGUUGAUUUGAGUAAAGGCUGGGCGACAGCGUGGACGGCGAUUAGUCAAGGCGAGUGUAGUGUCGUUACGCCAUUGCUGACGGAUAUGUUGGGGCGCGAGCCGGAGGAUUUUGAGACUACUGUCAGGAGGCAGAUUGAGGGCCAGCAGUGGCAUGAACUGCAGUUGUGA